UCAAAAUAAUUUCUAUAGCUGGGUUACGCCGCCGCGCUUCUGUUGAUUCUUCCCGGAUUCUGUGGGGAUGAAGAGAGAAGAUAUAUAGAGAGAAAGCGGAAAAGAUCAUUCAAAUUCCAAAAGAGCUCAAUCAUGGGGAACAAUUUGAUUCUGAAUUGUUCUAGAUUGCAUCUCUCUUUCCUCAAGUGGCUAAUCUUCAUAUCACUUUGUCUGUAUCCAUCUCUUUCGUACGAAUUACCUAACGAAGGAGGUCAGUAUAAUUCCUUUACUGUUUCCAGCUUUAGCUAUCCAAAAACUCAGCUCAAGUCCUCCGACUGGCGUUACAUUAAAGUUGACUUGCCACCUUUGUUUUCAUCGGUUUCCUUUAAUAUAGAAUCGGAUGCAGAUACUGAUCUGAAAAGUAUUCAUAGAAUUCCUCCAAGCAAGUUGCAAUUAAUAUGUUUAAGAUUUGGAAGUCUUCCUGUUCCAGAUGCUCUUAACUCUUCGUUAACCGAUUUAGUUUUGGGAAAUCUCUCGAAUGGAUCAUUUGGAAAUUUGCAUGAACUUCAAGCUAAAGAAAUAUGUUAUCCCAUGCAGAAUUAUAUAUCUUCUGUAUUGACAAAUGAGCAAAUACCGGCUGGAAUAUGGUAUUUGGGCCUGUUUAAUGGAAUUGGACCUACAAGGACACAAUCAAAGAUGAUUAAUCGAGGUUCUUCAUUCUCCUUCAGUGCCAACAUAAGUGUGGAUGGAUGCACUACGUCGGCACUUUGGGGCCAAUAUUGCAACCAAACAGUUGAUGCUCUUUCAUGCAGUACAGGUGACCUGUCAAAUAUUCAACAUGAAUCUAACCAAACGGAACCCAAAGCAGUUCUCUGCAGAACUUCUGAUACGAUUUCCUGUCUGAAUGCUAGUGAACCAAAAGUGUACUCUCUUGAGAUAUCAGGCAUAGUAGAGGAGUUAUCCAUAACAGUUACUAAUGUGUCGUUAUCUCAACCGUCUGUUUCGAACGAGACCAUUCUCAUGGCGUAUGCACGUCUUGGCGCGGUGCCAUUGGCCAGCAUAUAUGAUUACUCUGCUAAUAUCAGUAAUGAGCAUCUAAUUCUUCGCUAUCCUAAAGCUGGAAAUUGGUAUAUUAGAAUUUAUGCUGGUUCAAGUGGAACUAUUUGCUAUUCUGUAAAUGCUAGGAUGCUUCAGUGUCCUCGAGGGAAAACUGGAUUGAACUGUACAUCCAAGACGUAUCCUCUACAGACUGUCGUAAGGAAAAACCCGGCUGAAUUCUUUGAGUCUCAUUUUUCGCCAAUAACAGGAGUGAUGUCAUCAACUAAUUUCCCGCUUGAACCCCUUUUGAAUGGCUCUAUUUCUUGGACUUAUUUUCUCUUGGAGGUCCCUUAUGCUGCUGCUGGAGGUCAUCUCCAUAUUCAGUUGUCAUCAGAAACUAAAAUAAGUUCUGAGAUAUUUGUUCGGCAUAGUGGGUUGCCAACUACAGAGACAUUUGACCAUUUUUACGCAAACACGACAAGCAACAGCAAUGGUUCUAUGUUUCUUAAGUUAAACGGUUCAAAUGAAAAGAAAGUAGAUUUCUAUAUUUUGUUUGUUCGAGGUGGGACAUGGGCUAUUGGACUAAAGUAUCCAUCUCAAAACAACAAUUCUACUGUAACUGAAACGGACAUGUCGGUUUCUCUUGAAAGAUGUCCUCGGAAAUGUUCUUCUCCUCCCGGGAAAUGUAGCGGUUUUGUCGAUGCUAGUGGAUUACAACUCUACAGUUAUUGUUCUUGUGGUCGUGACCAUGGAGGUAUGGACUGUAGUAUAGAAAUUGUCUCUCGUCGAGGACACAUAUGGCAAUCAAUUUUCCUAAUUGCAUCUAAUGCAGCUGCAAUACUUCCUGCUUAUAGUGCACUUAGCCAAAAGGCAUUUGCUGAGUGGAUUCUUUUCACAUCCAGUGGAAUUUCGAGCGGAUUGUAUCAUGCUUGUGACGUAGGAACCUGGUGUGUGUUGAAAUUUGAUAUUUUACAGUUUAUGGAUUUCUGGCUAUCCUUCAUGGCGGUAGUUAGUACGUUUGUUUAUCUGGUUGAUAUUAGCGAAACUUCUAAAAGAACGAUUCAUACUAUCGUGGCGAUCCUUACUGCCAUCAUGGCCGAAGCUGGACCGACUAGGUCUAGCAAUAUUGUCAUUGUGAUGGCAAUUGGAAUUGCAGGUCUAGUUGUUGGCUUGUUGAUUGAAUAUUGUUCAAAAUUCAGACAUUAUUCCCCAUUUCCAGUUGAAUUCCGUCUCAAUGCUCUUAAGAGAUGGGAAACUUUGGUCAAGGGGAUUCUAGAUAUAUUCAAAACACUAAUCAAGCGGUUUCGAUGGUGUUUUUUACUGGUGGCGUUCAUCUUUUUAGCUAUGGCUGCCGUCUGCUGGACGUUGGAAUCGGCCUCAAAUUACUGGAUUUGGCAUAGUCUAUGGCACAUCACAAUAUACACUUCUUCCUUUUUUUUCCUCUGUUCCAAAGUGAACUCAGUUGAAGUUGAAAAUGACUCAAGACCAUCUCCAGCCAGGAAUUACGAGUUGACUCGACAAGACUCAUUUUCAAGAACCUCAUAGAUAUAUAUAAUUGAAACAAAAUUAUUACAAAUAGCAUUUGUUUGUGUUUGAUGAAGGUUCAUUUGGAUUUAAUUUAGUUAAAAUAUACACCUGUAAUGAUAGCUUAAGUAGCAAGAGUAGGUACUUAAAGUCAUUAAUUUACACUUAAAAUGUUUGAAGUUAGAAAAUAUGUAAAAAUUUCUCUUAUACAUGUUAUAUCAAUAUUUUGUUUUAUA